AUGUUCGAGGCUGGACGAUGGGGUGCCUGGUGCCAGGCGCUCGCACUGCUCGUCCUGCUCGUCGGCCUGCCCGAGCCCGGUGCGGCACUCCCGGACGCCAUUCGGAUCGGCGGGUUGUUUCACCCGGACGAUGACCAUCAAGAGAUCGCCUUCCGUUACGCGGUCGAAAAAAUCAACUCGGACCGGACGAUCUUGCCCCGCUCGAAGCUGCUCGCUCAGAUCGAGCGGAUCUCACCGCAGGACAGCUUCCUGGCAUCGAAGCGAGUGUGUCAUCUGCUCGGGGUUGGCGUGGCCGCCAUCUUUGGGCCACAGUCAUCACACACCGCAAGCCAUGUGCAGAGCAUCUGCGACACGAUGGAGAUUCCUCACCUCGAAACGCGAUGGGAUUAUCGGCUGAGGCGGGAAAGCUGCCUGGUGAACCUGUACCCACAUCCAAGCACCCUCUCCAAGGCGUACGUGGACCUGGUGGCGGCCUGGGGCUGGAAGUCGUUCACGAUCAUCUACGAGACCAACGAGGGUCUGGUGCGGAUGCAGGAGCUGCUGAAAGCGCACGGACUCUCCGACUACCCGAUCACCGUGCGCCAGCUGAGCGAUUCCGGCGACUACCGGCCCCUCCUGAAGCAGAUCAAAAACUCGGCCGAGUCGCACAUCGUGCUCGACUGCUCGACCGAGCGUAUCUAUGAGGUCCUGAAGCAAGCGCAGCAGAUCGGCAUGAUGAGCGAUUACCACAGCUAUCUGAUCACCUCGCUGGACCUGCACACCAUCAAUCUGGACGAGUUCAAGUACGGCGGCACGAACAUUACCGCGUUCCGGCUGGUCGAUCCGGAAAACCCGGAGGUCGCGCAGGCCAUCCACAACUGGACCGUCGGCGAGGCCCGGCUCGGCAAGAAGGUGGACUUCAAAACGGCGGAGAACGUGACCGUGAUCAAGGCGGAAACGGCCCUGAUGUACGACGCGGUGCAUCUGUUUGCGAAAGCGCUGCACGAUCUGGACACCAGCCAGCAGAUUGACAUCCAUCCACUCUCCUGCGACACGCAGGACACGUGGCCGCACGGCUACAGUCUCAUCAAUUAUAUGAAAAUUGUGGAAAUGCGCGGCCUGACGGACGUCAUCAAGUUCGACCACCAGGGCUUCCGCAGCGACUUCGUGCUGGACAUCGUCGAGCUGGGACCGCAGGGGCUGCGGAAGAGCGGCACCUGGAACUCGACGUCGGGCGUCAACUUCACGCGCACGUACGGCGACCAGCAGAAGGAGAUCGUCGAGAUACUGCAGAACAAGACGCUCAUCGUGACGACGAUCCUGAGCGCGCCGUACUGCAUGCGCAAGGACUCGGCGGAGAAGCUGACCGGCAACUCGCAGUUCGAGGGGUACGCGAUCGAUCUGAUCCACGAGAUAUCCAAGAUACUCGGCUUCAACUACACGAUCCGGCUCGCACCGGACGGCCGGUACGGUAGCAACAACAAGGAGACGGGCGAGUGGGACGGGAUGAUAAAGGAGCUGCUGGAGCAGCGGGCGGAUCUCGCGAUCGCCGAUCUGACCAUCACCUUCGAUCGCGAGCAGGUGGUCGACUUCACGAUGCCGUUCAUGAACCUCGGCAUCUCGGUGCUGUACCGGAAGCCGGUCAAGCAGCCGCCCAACCUGUUCUCCUUCCUGUCGCCCCUCUCACUCGACGUCUGGAUCUACAUGGCGACGGCGUACCUCGGCGUGUCGGUGCUGCUCUUCAUCCUCGCACGCUUCACGCCGUACGAGUGGCCAACGCCGAACCCGUGCGAUCCCCAUCCGGAAAAGCUGCAGACUCAGUUCACGCUGAUGAACUGCAUGUGGUUCGCGAUCGGUUCGCUGAUGCAGCAGGGCUGCGACUUUUUGCCCAAGGCCGUCUCGACGCGCAUGGUCGCCGGCAUGUGGUGGUUCUUCACGCUCAUCAUGAUCUCCUCCUACACCGCCAACCUGGCCGCGUUCCUCACGGUCGAGCGGAUGGACUCGCCGAUCGAGUCGGCGGAGGAUCUGGCGAAGCAGACAAAGAUCAAGUACGGAGCGCUGCGCGGAGGCAGCACGGCCGCCUUCUUCCGGGACUCCAACUUCACCACCUAUCAGCGCAUGUGGGGCUUCAUGGAGUCGGCUAGACCGUCGGUGUUCACCGCCAGCAACAUCGAGGGCGUCGAGCGCGUGGUCAAGGGCAAGGGCAGCUACGCGUUCCUCAUGGAGUCGACCUCGAUCGAGUACGUCAUCGAGCGCAACUGCGAGCUGACGCAGGUGGGCGGCAUGCUCGACUCGAAGGGCUACGGCAUCGCGAUGCCACCGAAUUCACCUUUCCGGACGGCGAUCAGUGGCGCGGUGCUGAAGCUGCAGGAGGAGGGCAAGCUGCACAUACUGAAAACUCGCUGGUGGAAGGAAAAGCGAGGCGGCGGAUCCUGUAGGGAUGACACAUCGAAGUCGAGCUCGACGGCGAACGAGCUGGGGUUGGCGAACGUUGGCGGCGUGUUUGUCGUCCUGAUGGGCGGCAUGGGAGUUGCGUGCGUCAUCGCGGUGUGCGAGUUCGUCUGGAAGAGCCGGAAGGUGGCCGUCGAGGAGCGGGAGGUUUCCCUUUGCUCGGAGAUGGCGUCCGAGUUGCGGUUCGCGCUGAAACGCAGCCGGCCGAGGCGGAAGCAGCGCGCGGGAAGUGUCAGCGGGGGCACCCUGCGCACCACCUCGUCCCGCGCCUCGCCGAAGGAUUUGAGCGAACCGUCGUCGGAGGGCGGUCGCUUCCACCCGCUCGGUCCACCGUACGCCCAGUACGAGUUCGACCCGAAGGCCGUCCCUUAG